AUGGUCAUGGGUAAGAAUGAGUACCUGUUCACGGUGGUGGCGGAGGGGCCGGAUGCGCUGCUGCUGGGCCUGCGGUACUCGCCCACCCGGCUGCACUUCCUCUUCCUCAGCCAGGACGCGGCGGGCGCCUGGCAGACCCGAGUGUCCUUCCGCAGCCCCGCCCUGAUGGACAGCCAGUGGCACACGCUGGUCUUGGCGGUGUCUGAAGACUCCUUCUCCCUCACCACGGACUGCGGUGUCCCCGUGGACAUAACUGCCGAUGUGCCCUUCCCAGCCGCCCUAUCGGUACAAGGAGCCCGGUUCUUCAUCGGCAGCCGGAGGCGGACCAAAGGCCUGUUCACGGGCCUGGUCAGGCAGCUGGUCCUGCUGCCCGGCUCCGACGCCACUCCCAGGCUGUGUCCCUGCAGGAAUGCGGAGCUCGUGCUGUCCAUCCCCCCAAUCCUGCAGGGUCUCACGGGGAAGCCGGAGGAUAAUGAGGUGCUAAAAUAUCCCUAUGAAACCGACAUGAAGGUGACGCUGGGAUCCCGGCCUCCGUGCACCAAAGUGGAGGAUGCCCAGUUCUGGUUUGACGCCGGGCAGAGGGGGCUGUACCUGUGCGUGGGCAGCGAGUGGGUCUCCGUGCUGACAGCCAAAGAGAGGCUGGACUACGUGGAGGAGCACCAGCGCCUCUUCACGCACUCGGAGACGCUGGGCAUCGAGGUCUUCGUCAUCCCCGAGGCCGGGCUCUUCAUAGCAACCGCCAACCGGAAGGCCACGUCCGCCAUCUACAAGUGGACCGACGGGAAGUUCGCCUCGUACCAGAGCAUCCGCACACACCAAGCGCAGUCCUGGAGGCACUUCACCAUCGGGAAAAAGAUCUUCCUGGCUGUGGCCAACUUUGACCCCAACGAAAAGGGCCAGGAGUUCUCCGUCAUCUACAAAUGGAGCCCGAGAAAGCUGCGGUUCACGCCCUACCAGAGGGUGGCCACCCACAGCGCCCGGGACUGGGAGGCCUUCGAGGUGGCUGGGGAGCACUUCCUGGCCGUGGCCAACCACAGGGAAGGAGACAACCACAACAUCGACAGCGUCAUCUACAAGUGGAACCCUCGGACGCGCCUGUUCGAGGCCAACCAGACCAUCGCCACCUCCGGUGCCUACGACUGGGAGUUCUUCACGGUGGGGCCCUACUCGUUCUUGGUGGUGGCCAACGCCUUCAACGGCACGUCCACCAAGGUGCACUCCCACCUGUACGUCUGGCUGGUCGGCUCCUUCCGGCUCUUCCAGUCUUUCCUGACAUUUGGCGCCGCGGACUGGGAAGUCUUCCACAUUGGAGACAGGAUCUUUCUGGCUGUUGCCAACAGUCACAGCUACGAUGUGGAAAUGCAAGUGCAAAAUGACUCCUACGUCAUCAACUCGGUCAUCUACGAGCUGAACGUCACCGCGCAGACAUUCGUCAAGUUCCAGGAGAUCCUGACCUGCAGUGCCCUGGAUUGGGAGUUCUUCUCCGUGGGCGAAGAUUACUUCUUGGUGGUUGCCAACUCCUUUGACGGAAAUACCUUCUCAGUAAACAGUAUUAUUUACAGGUGGCAGGGGUACGAAGGCUUCGUGGCUGUGCACAGCCUCCCGACCUUCGGCUGCCGGGACUGGGAGACCUUCCGCACCACGGCCGGCUCCUACCUCGUCUACUCCAGCGCCAAGGAGCCCCUUUCCCGGGUGCUGAAGCUCAGGACAGGGUGACGGGCCUGGCCCCCGGGAACAGGACCCACCUCACUGCACCCCGGAGCCCCCCCGAGAAGCCCUGGGGCCUCUGGGGAGAUGCUCCUCGCCUCCAGAGCUGCCGUCUCGCUGUCCUGGCCCUCCCCCAACUGGAGACGUCGGUCACCUCUCUGGCUGGUGCCCCGCGCGGACAGAUGCCGGUGGCUCGUGGGUGUUCGCCCGGAAACCAGAGCUGCCCUGCGGGGGUGUCGCUUUACAGGAAAGUUCAUACAACUGUUUACCUCACACACAGAAGCCGGUCACCUUCCCUGCGGCGUCAGUUUGGGGCCUGGCCGCGCGGCCCUGGUUGUCGAGCCCAGAUGGGGAGCAGGCGUGAGGCUGUCCUACAGGUUCAUGCAGCUAUUUAUUGUUCGUUGUCUACACUGAAAUAUAUUUAUGACUCUUUAUACGGAGCAGGGCUGCGUCUGCGUGUUUCUGGGGCCCUCCGCUCUCCGUGAGCACGUCCUGGGGCCUCGCUCUG